CAAUAUUACUAGGGCGUUCACCGAUUCCAACAUGGGCGACCCUUUUUGGAAACGCAACACUUGGGUUGACCCGAUUGAUAUAUGGGUCAGAUUCCAUUAAGGUUCGGGCGGAACAUUUACACCAGCUUUAGAGGAAUCAGACGUCUAGAGAACAAUUUCCAUUGAAGUCUGACAUUUCAUUCGACGUUUAAACUGAAGGAUGGAGGACAAGUGUCAGUCUUCCAGUGAUGGGCAGUGUGUGCCAGAUUCCACUAAUUGCUCCAAGCCUGGAAAGUACAAGAUUGUGUUGGUUGGUGAUGGUGGAACCGGGAAAUCUAGCUUUGUUACUCGGCUACAAAGUGAGGAUUUUCAUCAGGAGUACAUCGCAACAUUAGGAGUAGAGAAGCAUGAAGUAGCAAUUAGCACAUCCCAUGGUCCAAGCACAAUAGUCAUAUGGGAUACAGCUGGCCAAGAAAAGUUGGGUCCUCUAAGAGAUGCAUAUUACUUAGGUGCUGAUGCAGCGAUCAUUUUCUUUGAUGUCACAUCCAAAGUAACGUAUAAAAAUGUACCAAAUUGGCACAGAGAUAUUCACAGAGUUGUGCCAGAUAUUCCUAUUGUCUUGUGUGCUAACAAAAUUGACAUAAAAGAAAGAAAAGUCCAAAGUAAGAGCAUCACAUACCCUACAAAACAUAAAAUGGGCUGCUUUGAAAUAAGUGUCAAGAACAGGAUGUGCUUGAAGAAGCCUCUGGAGUAUCUCCUGCAGCAGCUGACUAAAGAACCAGAGCUUACCAUCAUUAGUUCAAUAGAUGCAGACAUAUUUGGUGUAAAUGGCAUAUGUCUGGAAAAUUAGGAAAAUUCCUGUGAUUAGGAUGUGCUUAAUAUUACCAUAUACAGUAAUUGAUUAAUUGUUGUAUGUUACUAAUAAUCUAACAAAAUAAGACUAUGUUCAGCCUAUUAUAUAUUGAAAUUUGCAAGAAUACUAUAGUAAUGUUAAUAAAAUAAGGAGAAAUGUGUAUUAUUGUAAAUUGUAUUACUGUAUACAGGAAAUCAAGAGAAAUGUUUCUGUAUCUUCUCUUUUUGUCAUCCUCUUCUCUCGCUCUGUUAUCCUUUGCUGUCGUAUUUUCCUUAUCCAUACACUUCUCACAGUGUGAAUACAGUACAGUGUGUUCAACUAAUGUAUUAUACAAUUCAUUAAACAGAUCUGACAAAUUAAAAGAAAAUGUCUUGUUUAAUGUGUUGUAUGUAACUACUAAUUACUUUAUUUGCUGUACAAUACUGUACUGUAUUUAAUGUGCAAUCUUCUUCUGGAUUUAAUGUAUAGUACAGUACUAUAGUGUAUAAUGUACAGUGCUGCAUUAUAAUUAAUGUGCAGUGCUGUAUUUAAUAUGCAGUGCUGUACUGUAUUUAAUAUGCAGUGCUGUACUGUAUUUAAUAUGCAGUGCUGUACUGUAUUUAAUAUGCAGUGCUGUACUGUAUUAAAUGUACAAUAUUGUGUUUAAUGUACAGUACUAUACUGUUAGGAAAUUGUUGGAUUUAUUUAGGCUACAGUACAGUACUGUGUUUUGCCGAGGAAUUUCUGUGCUACGUCACGAGAACGUCUACGUUACUUUAAACUUGCAUCACCUGAUUGUAACUAAGCUGCAUGGUGGUUGUUUAUAAAACCAGUUGAAUAUCUCGCAAUAUUAUAUGGUUGUAUAAAGUUUGAAGCCCUUUGCAUGGCUAUGGUUGAAAUCAUGGACUCUGUAAGAAUAAAUAGGAGUCGAGUCAUAUUGGCUAGAAGGCCUUCUGUGUUAUUAAAUCUUCUUGUGGUCUUAUGCAUGAACAGCAUUUUGGGCUAGUCUGAUGUCUAGCCUGCACAAAAGACGCGGUACAAUAUAUCAAUUACAUCAAUGUAAAUGUAAUGAAAUAGUUUUAUGAGGACAUGGUAAGAUUCAGUUAUGGAAGUAGAGAACACUACAGGCCUCACAGAAUCACAGAACACAGAAUCAGGCCUCCUUUUUGUUACACAUAGGAAGCAGCCCAUAGCAGCUGUCUAACUCCCAGGUACCCAGGUUUACUGCUAAGUAACAGGGGCAUCAGGGUGAAAGAAACAUUUUGCCCAUUUGUCCCCGCCUCAAUCGGGGAUCGAACCCGGAACCUCAAGACUACGAAUCUGAAGCGCUGUUCAACCAAGCUGUGAGGUGCCCACAGUAUUUGGUAUGUCAAAUUUCACACUCCUACAGGCAAUAAAAGUAAUUUAACAAAGGGUCAAAGUUGGUCAUUUUUGUGGUACUUGCGCAUUAACGGGAGAGACGGCCCAUUGAAUACGGACCUGUUAUUUAAGAACCAAAGCAGAUUGAGCUUUAAUAUUUUGCAAAGUGUCAUUUGGGGUCUAGGGCUAUCUCACUACAAAAUUUCAUGGCAUUUGGAGAGGGUCGAGUGGGAACCAUAGGUGACUUGUUGGUGAUUUGAGAUGGAAUAACCCUAAUGCGCUUGCCCGGUGUGUUAAAUAAACUGGUUUUAUCUACCCUAUCAGUUCUUUUGAGAAUCUUGUAUGUGGUAAUUAUAUCUCCCCUUAACUCUUCUGUCUUCCACUGACGAAAGGUUUAGUUCUUGAAGUUCUACUCGUAGCUCAUAUUCCUCAGCUCAGGUACUAGUUUGGUGGCAAACUCUGAAUCUUCUCCAAUUUAGUCUUGUUCUUGAUGAGAUACAGACUCCAUGUUGGGAGCUGCAUACUCGAGGAUUGGUCUGACAUGUGUGAUAUACAUGGUUCUGAAUGGCUCUGAUGAGCUUCCCUUGUUUACAGUCUGUUCUUACAUGCUAUUACUCCACUGAUGGGUUAGUUGUAUUCACCUACUGAAAGUCUAUUUAUAUGACCUUGGUGGGACAGGGAAGGGUCAGAUAACUGGAUAGACUGUUGUUAUAUUUGCUUUCAAAAUUGUAUUCACACAAUAAUACAAAUACAAUACACUGUAUACCAUAAAACAAAAGUUUUGUAACUAAUAAAACUGUUUCAUUAAUAAAAAGUUUUAUUGAUAAAACUUUCAAUGUAUAGCAGUAGCCUAAGUAUGUACAUACAAUCCUGCACUGCACUCUACUUGAAAUACAAAUUGUAUUACAGUACAGUAAUUUAUUUUACAAUAUGUGCAGUAUUCU